AUGCCAGCGAUCAGCGCCACCACCGUCUUCGUCGUCGCCGCCCGACCGUCGCAGGCUCUAUGGCUGCCUCGGCUGAGAGUGGCCAAGGCCGCGAGGCUGAGGUGCAGGUGCAGCUACUCCAAGGACCUCAUGAGAAAGGCGUCUUCAGCUCUGGCUCUGGCGGUAGUCAAGGGCGCACCCCUGCUCGCUGAGGCGAGCGCCAUGAUGGUGGCGACGGGCCCAGUGCUGGCCCCGGUGCUGGUGCUGGCGCUGGUCGACGAGCAAAUCAUGCCAACGGAAGGUGCCGGGUUGAAGAAUGACCUGCUUGGGUGGAUCCUGGUGGUUGCCUUGGGCCUCGCCUUGUCCUACACCGUCUACACCUCCAUCCUCGAUGACGACGACCAGUCCAGCGCCGGUGGCAUCACGACCUGA